UACCUAAUCUGUGAUCCAACAUGGGUGACCAAUCAGCUGACAUUUCUGAAGGCAUAUUUUUCCAUGGUGUAAUUAUCUAAAUUGGGUAAAUUAUUACAUAAAACCUGCUCCGAGACAGUUUUCAGUGAUAAACUCGUUAUUCAAGUGAAUAAUUAAUCAUCAUCUGUUAUGGAUAUCGAAAUCAGAGUUGCAUCCUGCAUGCAGUCCAGACAAUCAGAAUAAACAAACCAUGGAAGAACCUAUAAGUGAAACCAUAGAAAACCAUUUGGACGCAAACAAAAUCACUUAGUAACAAACUAAACUAAAACUAAACAAAACUAAAAACUAAAAUAUAGCAAAAUUUAACAAAACCAGAGAUCUAGUCUCUAUAGAGAAAUAUAAAAUAUAAAAAUUAAUAGUGCAAUUAAUAUAAAAAUAGAGAAAGAUUUAAAUUAUAAAAAAAGAUUAUAUUUAUUAACUUUUUUAUUUUGUUAGUAAUUUUUUUUUCGCCGUUCAUAAGUCAAUGUUGUUGUUGUAAAAAAAUAAAAGUAUAAAUAGUUGCUAGUUGUAAAAAUUGACAAGUAGUUGACACAUAAUUCCAUUCUAUUUUUAAAUAAUUAAAAAAAAUAAUAGUUUGACUAUUACAAAUGGUUACCAAAGAGUUUAUAUAUAUAGAGUUUAAAUAAGUUUUAUGAGUUGGGGGUGUUAAAGGGGUGAAUGAACUUUGGGCAUAGAGAAUUUAAAAUGGCCGCCACAAUGGUUGAGACGCCCCCUCCUCAGCUGAUUACUACGAUAGAAUGGAGUAUGAUGGACAAAACUAAGUUUUUUCCAUUAUAUACUCUAAGCAGUUUUACAGUAAGAUGCGCGCUAUACCCACUAACUUUAAUAAAAACACAAAUCCAAGUGCAGAGAAAGAAAGAGGCAUACAGUGGUGUAGCUGACGCUAUAUCUAAGAUAUACAGGAAUGAAGGCGUGCCGGGACUCUAUCGAGGGUUCUGGCUCUCCAGUUUUCAGAUAAUAUCAGGAAUUUUCUACAUAACUACGUAUGAAGGCGUGCGAUAUGAACUCGGGAAGUAUGAUGUCAGUCCUAAAGUCAAGUCGUUUAUAGGCGGUGGUUGUGCGUCGAUAGUUGGUCAGACCAUUAUCGUACCAUUUGAUGUACUCAGCCAACAUCUUAUGGUCUUAGGCCUCGUGAAAGGAAGAGGCAAUGCUAGGAAUCCACAAAUGAACCCGCUCGGCUUAGAUCUAGAGAAGCGCAUGUCCAAAGCGGCGCUUGCCAAGGAGGUCGCAGUGCGCGUGUAUCAGCUGCACGGGCCGCUCGGCUAUUACCGCGGCUAUACAGCUUCGUUGGCCGCGUAUGUACCUAACUCCGCGCUAUGGUGGGCGCUGUAUACUGCUUAUCAAGAUGAGCUCCUAAAAAUAGCUCCGUCGUGGGUAUCGACGCUGCUGAUCCAGUGCGCAGCCGGGACACUGGGCGGGUUCACCACGACCUUCCUAACCAAUCCAUUGGAUAUAGUACGCGCUAGGUUACAGGUCGAAGGAGUAGGCACGAUGAAGCAAAUAUUCAAGACGCUAUGGGCAGAGGAGGGUCUAGUAGGCCUGUACUUCAAGGGUCUGUCAGCGCGGCUGCUGCAGUCAGCCUGCUUCUCAUUCAGCAUCAUCCUCGGGUACGAGAGCAUCAAGAGAGUCGCGCUCAGCGACGAGUUCAAGCCGAGAGUGCGUUGGUGACGAUAAUAAAUACCUUACGUAUACGUUUUGGGUUUUAUUUCGGUUUUACAGAUUGACUUAACUGCGAUUACAUACUGUCCAAGACAUUUACAGAAUGACAUGGUACUAUUACAGAUUCUCUAUUUCAUUUUACUAAACACUGCAUGGACAUUAAAGACUGUAUGAAUGAUCAUCACAGAAUAUGCGACCAUUAUAGAAUUUUUGGUUGCAUUGCAUAUGUACAAAUAUAAUGACUCAGCUUGGAGUUUCAUGCUCACUCAAAGGUCUUAUGGUAGUGGCACGGGCAUUGGUCACUCGAUUCCCUGGAAUAUGGUUGAGUUGGGCAGAGGAGGGUCUAGUAGGACUGUACUUCAAGGGUCUGUCAGCGCGGCUGCUGCAGUCAGCCUGCUUCUCAUUCAGCAUCAUCCUCGGGUACGAGAGCAUCAAGAGAGUCGCGCUCAGCGACGAGUUCAAGCCGAGAGUGCGUUGGUGACGAUAAUAAAUACCUUACGUAUA